AUGCAUUUGGCUUGUCAAAAAAAUUUGGAAACACCAAAACUCAGUGGUAAUGGCGGAUUAGGAUCUUUUAUGCCAUUGCCACUGAGUUUUGAUGUUGCCAAUUUUUUUUGACAAGCCAAAUGCAUCAUCGCAAAAGAACAAUUUUUUUUUAUUGCAUUUGGCUUGCCCAAAAAAUUUGGAAACACCAAAACUCAGUGGUAA